GCCAUUUCUCUCUCUCUCUUCAAGCUCUCUACUUUUUCAAACUUUUUCUACAACCCACUUUCCUUUUUCACGAGUUAUGUUAUGUUUAUGCCUCUAAAUCCAAAAGAGGAGGAAAAAAUGAGAGAGAGAAGAAGUUAGGGUUUGUUUCCUCUCCCCAGUUCUUCUCUAUCUUCCUCCAAAUCCAACACCCAGAUUGUUAUUUUGAUUCCUCCAUUAUUAAAAGCUUUCAUUUCAGUCCCUGCCGGUGCUCCGUUCACCUUCUUCUUGUGUUCUUCUCCCUUUCUGCUUUUCCCAAUGUGCUGCUGUUCGUUUGCCCCAUUUUUGAUUUCUUCUUGUUAAUGGGGUUUCCGUCUAUUGAUUGUUGAGCCUAAAGAGGAAACUGAGAUAUUCCCCUUUUGUUUUCCUUCUUGGGUUUUUGUGGGUUUCAAGAAUUUAGUAUGUGGGAUCUUCUGAUUGUGCCUUUUUCUUAGAAAAGUGUUCCUGUUGGUUGCUCUUUUUGUGUUUUUUUCUUCCGGGAAACUUACAUGUGAAGCAAUUUGCGUUGAACGAACUGACCACCCUUAUCGUGAUCGAAUUUAACUCAUUCCAUCACUUACAAAGUGUUGCUGCUUACUUUAGUGUGUGGUUGUGCGUAAAGAAGUUUCCGGAUCUUCUUACGGCUGGAAACCCGUGAAUUUUUGGCUUAUGGGCUUCCUUUUUGUGGUGGUCUAAGGGCAGAUCGAGGUUUUGAUUCAUUACCCAUGGGGUGCAUUUUAGACUUUGCAUCGCAAUUCUCGAGGGAGACUGUGUUUUUUGGUAGCGUUGAUGGUUAUCUAUAGCGAUUGCAGCAGCUUCUCUGCAAGGGUCUAUUGGUGAAGGGCUCAGCUUUGGUUUUUGUAGCUGCCAUGGAGGAUAUAGGCCUUUUCAAACAAGGGUGGAAAUGGUUCCAGUCGCAGAAACACACUUAUUCGCGAGCUCAAACUGCGUUUUUUAGUUUCAGAGACAAAGUUGGGAUGUUUAUAGAGAGACAUUGGCCAACGGUGUGCCGGGGCUGUGCCUGGAUGGGGAGUUUACUGCGUCUAGCAGUGCUUCAAUGGUGGGACUGCAUUAUAAAAGGCUUCCGGUCACUUGUUGGAUUAGGCUCUGCGGCGUUACUCCUUAUAAUGUGGAGUUGCUUUCUUAGUUUAACAUCCAUGUCCUGCCUUGUUUAUGUUCUUCUCAGUAUGGGAGCUGCAGGAGUUGCUGUUCAAUACCUGGGUUAUACUCCUGGACUUUUUAUCGUGGGACUCUUUGCCAUUCUUAUCUUGUGGAUGUAUGCUAACUUUUGGAUUACAGGGACGCUGUUUAUAGUUGGAGGUUAUUUGUUUUCUCUUAAUCAUGCACGGUUGGUGGUCUUAAUGGCAACUAUAUAUGCUAUCUAUUGUGUUAAAGUUCGGGUUGGAUGGCCGGGUGUAUUUCUCGCGAUAAAUCUUGCAUUUUUGUCAAAUGAUGCAUUAAAUUAUUUGCUCCAAUGGUGUGAUAAGGCAAGUGAGAGUUCACACUUUGAAGAGCAGAAACAAUCAGAAACAGUAUCUGAAGAUGAAUUCUCGGGGGAGUGUGAGUAUUCUGUUCCUACUAGUGAAUCUGAGAAGGUGCACUCUUGUAAAUCAUCCAGCCCAACUGUUGUGACGGCUGUUGUGGAUAACCAGAAAGAGGCUUCUUGUAGCAAGGUGACCAAAGAGCAGACUGAUUCAGUUGACGAGAUGAAAAGAAUAUUAAAUAGCGGCGACCAUUAUGAAGCACUGGGAUUUCCACGUCACAAGAAGAUUGAUGCUAUAGUUUUGAAAAAAGAAUACAGAAAAAAGGCUGUGCUUGUGCAUCCUGAUAAGAAUAUGGGAAGCCCAUUGGCUAGCGAGUCGUUUAAGAAGCUUCAAUGUGCAUACGAGGUUCUUUCUGAUUCCGUGAAGAAACUAGACUAUGAUGAGCAAUUGCGGAAGGAGGAAUCGAAGACCAAAAGUGUCUGUCAGAGGUCCCAGUCCUAUGGGACUUCACAACAGAUGAAUUCCGAUUAUUGCUCUGAAGAGUCAAGACGCAUACAGUGUGGUAAAUGCGGCCAUUCACACAUAUGGGUAUGCACGAAUAGGAAUAAGACGAAAGCAAGAUGGUGUCAGGAUUGCUGUCAAUAUCAUCAAGCAAAGGAUGGAGAUGGAUGGGUUGAACAUAGAGGUUCUCUGGUCUUUGAUAAGCCUCAAAAAAUGGAUAUACCACGCGCUUUCGUUUGUGCCGAGAGCAAAAUCUUUGAUGUGUCAGAAUGGGCGAUUUGUCAAAAAAUGGCUUGCAGGCCCAAUACGCAUCGCCCGAGCUUUCAUGUAAACAUGGUAGGUGUAGGGAAAACCACACAACGAUCCAAGUCGAGUAGAUUUCCUUGGGAAUUGGAUGCCGAAAUGAUGGAUGAAGACGAGGAAGAAUUUGAGCUGUGGCUUCAGCAGGCUUUAGCCUCUGGUCUCUUUUGCGAAAGCUCAAAACGGAGGAAGAGCUGGAGCCCAUUCAAAUUGAGCCAGAAGAUAGGGAGCAAACAAUGGCGAAGAACGUCAUGCUAGUCACAAAAGUCUUAGCAACAUCACUUGCUUGGUUCGAUGCAGAAAUGUUAAGUCUUCUCAUUCACAAGGUAUGAGCGAGAAACAGUUUACUCAACCAGGUUGGAAGAAUGCCUAGACUUAUCAAAACCACAAGUGCCUAAAUUGACAGUAAUAUAGGAUCGCUGGUACGAGGUGGCAGGUUUAAUCCAAAAGCUUAGACAAAAUAGCCUCUGCUCAUGACAUUCUUACACAUCCUCUUAGAUUUCUAAAGCAUGAGAGCCCCUUGUAACUUUUUGGCCUCACUUUCAAGUAGUACCCUCAAAUGUAGCCCCCCAUCCCCCACUAAGUUUAAAUGAAAUGUAUCUGCUGCUGCUGCUGCUGCUUCAGUUUUCUCACCCCCUUUCAAGUUUCAACCUGAAUCCCAUUCUGCUAGAAGAUUUAACUUGUACACUUUCCAAUCUCAUGUACAUAUCUUUCUUUCAUAUUAUGUUUAGUAGAUAGUGUUGAAUACAGUUCCAAUAUUCACUAGUUAUGUUUCUUUGGUUCAGCAUUAGCAGUAGAAUUCACUUGUUUGAUGCUACUGUGUAAACAGAAUCUUGGGUGUUUGGUUCCUGUGAUAUGACUUCCAAAUAUUCCCCAA